UCUAUUUGUCUCUCUCCGCCUCCAGUUACGGAAAUUGGCAUCUACAUACUGAAGUCAAUUAAAACAUGGCUGAUAGUGAUUCUGAGCGAUAUACGAACGAUCUCAUUAAUGAUGUCGAUAAUUCCAAUAUUUGUGAUGACAAUAAUUUUGCGACAGGACCUCGAGUUGUGACUAUAUAUAAAACCGAGACAGGUUUCGGGUUUAACGUCCGAGGACAGGUGAGUGAAGGAGGCCCUUUAAAAAGUAUCAACGGUGAAUUAUACGCCCCAUUACAGCAUGUAAGUGCGGUUUUGAAAGAAGGCGCAGCAGAAAAAGCUGGUAUACGUAAAGGUGAUCGAAUAUUAGAAGUAAAUGGUAUCAAUGUUGAAGGAGCUACACACAAACAAGUUGUUGACUUGAUCAAAUCUGGUGGAGAUAAAUUAACAUUAACUAUAAUUUCUGUAACUCCUCAGGAAGCUGAACGAUUGGAACCAAGUGAUGAUUCUUCUGGCUAUUCGUAUAUCGAUUACAGUGAAAAACGUUCUUUGCCUAUAUCAAUUCCUGAUUACAACUGGGUAGAGAAAGGAGAAAAGUUUGUGGUUUUUAAUAUUUAUAUGGCUGGCCGACAUUUAUGUUCUAGACGGUAUCGUGAAUUUGCCAACCUUCAUAUGAAUCUAAAAAAAGAAUUUCCAGACUUUAACUUUCCAAAAUUACCUGGUAAAUGGCCCUUUACUUUAUCUGAUCAACAGUUAGAUGCCAGAAGGAGAGGUUUGGAGCAGUAUUUAGAAAAAGUAUGUGCUGUUCGUGUGAUUGCUGAAAAUGACAUAAUGCAAGAAUUCCUGACUGAUAUGGAUGAUGAAAAUGGUGGAAGUUCUGCUGCUGUUGAUCUUAAAAUAUUGCUGCCUGAUCAUUCAACUGUCACUGUUAAUGUUAGAAAAAAUAGUACUACAGAAGAAGUUUAUCAAGCUGUUAUUGAAAAGAUUGGUAUGUCUAAAGAAGUCUCUAAAUUUUUUGCCCUUUUUGAAAUCGUGGAGUAUGGUUUUGAGAGGAAAUUGCAAUUAAAUGAAUAUCCACAUAAUCUCUACAUUCAGAACUACAGUACAGCCACGUCAACUUGUUUAUUAAUUCGAAAAUGGCUUUUUACCCUUAGUAAAGAAAUUGAAUUAACAGAAGACAAUAUGGCUGCAACAUUUUUUUUUUGGCAGGCUAUUGAUGAUGUAAAUAAAGGUCAAAUAAAACCUGGAAAUAAAUUAUAUGAACUUAAAGCUUUACAAGACUCAUCUCGGAAGUUAGAGUAUUUGAAAUUGGCAAGGAAGCUUGAUGGGUAUGGAGAAAUAUCUUUUCCUCAUUGUGCAUGUGAUGCCAGGAAAGAGGGCCAUGUUGUAGCAACUGUGGGACUAACAAAUUUCAAGUUACAAGCAUGCAAGGAUGAUGGUACCCUAGAGUCUCAAAUUAUAGAUUUCAACUGGGAGACUGUAAAAGAAUGGGAACUUGAUGAUGAAGGAAUGUCAUUCAGUUUUAAAUAUGCACCUCCUGAUAAGAAACCUCGUUAUGUCAAAAUAUAUACUCCUUAUUAUGUGUUUUUGUAUGAUUGUUUUGUAAGGAUACAAGAAGAAAGGAAAUGGAAUAUGAAUGGAGAAUAAGUUACAUGCAAAUGCCUAAUUUGUCUGCAUGAAUCAGCAUCACUGCUCAUAGUCAUCAUUUUCCCAUCUGAAUUUGGUGACCUGCAAGACAUAUUCUAAUUCAAGUUUUCUGAAUCAGAAUUUGAUCCAUGUAUAUUUCAUAAAAUAUGGAAAAUAUGUGAUUGUAAAAAACUUGUAUAUGAUUAUAUUAUGUAGAUUAUGCUGUUUUUAAGAACUGAAAGUUAAUGCUGAGAAAGAAUAUUUUUUCAGUGAAAAGUUGUAAAUUCUUUUGGUUUUAUUUGUGCUGCAUUAAUUAUUUAUCAGUUUUUCCAUGUACAUUCAUGUUAAUUUUUAAUAAGGUUAAAUAUAUCUCCUUGUUAUAUUAAAACAUUUUAGCAAUAAAAAAAGAAAAUAUUUAUAAUAUUUCUCAAUAUUGUUUACUAUAUUUAAUAAAAAUAUAGUUCCUUCGGUUUUUCUGCAUUGAUAACUAUUUUUUCCUUAUUAUGUUAAGGGCUAUGUUUCUUGCAGAAAAACUUAUAUUUAGCUAUUUGUCUUGCAUAUUUUUUGUAAAUUUUUUCCUUUUAAAUUUAUAUUUAACUAUGUUUUUUUCAAGUUUUGAAAAAAUCAUUAAUCUUUCUGUUGAUACUCAGAACAUGACAAUAAUUAAAUGGUAUUCCAUUCUUUCACGUGAAGAACAAAAAGAAGCUAAAUUUUUUUUUUUAAUGUGUGAUAAAAAAGGGAUUUCAUUUUUCUUUAAAUGUUUGUAACUUUUAUAUUAAACUGCAGAUAUUUAUUGUACAUUAAGAAAAUUCUAUAUAUAUUUCUUAUGUUUUCAAAUGUUAUACAAUUCAAUUUUAAAAUGUUACAUUAUUUUUUUCUCAUAUUUGAGUAUUAAAAUCUUUAGUUUAUGUAGAAAUGUUGCAAGUUUUUCCCCUCUGUCUUUUGAUUGUUGGCUUUAAACAUGACUAAUUCUCCUACCUCUUUCUUUAUAUACAUGUACAAAUUUAGUUAUUAAAUCUAUAUACAUGUUUUUAAAGAGAUUCGUAUAAAAACAUUCACUGUCAUUUUUAAAAAUAUGCCUUAUUCCCGCUCUUUAAUCUUUAUUAAGUAAAAUAUUAAUGAUUUUAUACAAGUGUUAUAUUUAUUAAAUAACUAUUUAUACAUAUAUUUUGGGGCAUAUUUACUCUUUUAAAAAGUUAAAUAAUUUCUUGUCUUUUCAAAGUAAUUAAAUAUUCCAUACACCAGCUAAAACACAUAACUCUAGAUUAAUAUGUGAUAUGUAUUUACAAAAUAUACAGUGUACAUUAUAUUGUUUUAAAAUUUUAUAAUUAGGAAAAAAAAAACUAUUACUCUUUUAGGUAAAAAUGAAUAUGUAUAUAGUCCUAAUCUCUUAGAAUUAUUCACAAUGUUCCUGUAAAUAAUUUCAGCAUAUAUUCAAAAGCAUAAGCAUCUUGAUAUGAUUAUGGUAUAUCUGAUUCAAAUAAAUUGAAAUUCUUAUUUAAUAAAAAAUUUGCAUAUUCUUUUAAAAAUUAAUAUUCAUAAUAAAAAAUAAUAAUAAUAAAAAUAAUAAAUUAAUAUUGAAAAUUGAUAUUCAAAAGAAAUGAGUUCAUGAAAAUGAAUGAACAUUCAUUUUUCAUUUUUGAAGAAUAAUUUUUCCUGAAUGCUAAAUUACAAUAAAAAAUAGUCUAUUGCUUGUGUAUUAUAAGACUGUGAAUAUGCUGCUUUUUAAAUCUAUUUAUUUAUAUAUGAGUCAAGAUGUGAUUAAAUUUUUUUUUUCUUUUAUAUGUACUGUUCCUUAUCUUGUGAAGUCAUUUUUAGAUCAUUUCUAAUGAAUUCAUUAUUAUGUAGCUUUUGAAUAUAUUAUUUAUAAAUGUGGUGUUAAUUGCAAUAUAUGUUUUGUCAUGUCAUUAUUUCAUUCUGUGAUUAUAAUAUGGAUGAUGUGCCAUCUUUUUUUAUGCUUUUUAAUUUUUUAGUAUUAGUAAUAUACAUAAAGGGAAAAUUGCAAUUAGUUUUGUUAUCAGUUUUAAAAUAUAUCUGUAAGCAUACUCUUAAUUUUUAAAUUACUUUUCUUUCUAGGAAAGAUUACUAUAGAAAUUGUCAUUAUUGUUAUCUUUUAUAUAGAUACUCCACCCUUCAUUUGAGAAGCAUACUUGGCUCAUUUUCCAGAAAAUGCUUAAAAAACAAGUAACUGUGAAGGGGAAUUAAAUUAAUUUUUAUAAAAAUGUUUCAGUGCCAUUAAAAUUGUUUCAUAAAAGUAAUAAAGUUUGGGAAUAUAAAACAAUAUAAAAAAGUGCAUCCUGUCCUUGGACUAUUACAUUCUAUUUCUGAUUAUUUUGUGAAUAUUGUAAUUUAAAAAUUUUUGUUGUAUUCAUUUUUAUUAGUUAUCAGAUAUAUUUAGAUAUGUUAUGUGUAUGUGCAUAAGACUAACAUAUGUAAUAAUUUGGAUAUGAAUUAUGAAAAAUCCUAUUGUCAGAAGACUGUAUAUCAUGCUUGUGGUUAACAAAUUUAAUAGCCCACCAUACAAUUAUGUAUGUGCUGUAAUGUUGGAAGCAGUGUAGCAAUUUUGGAUAUGAUUAAUAUUGUGUACUUCAUUUUAUUAAGUCCAUUAGGUAUGCACUCUUAUAUGUGGAAUAAAUGUUACUCUUAGAGAUCAAAUUCGUUAUGUGUAUGAUCAAAGAAAAACAGAAUGAGAGUAAUAUACUUAUUAUUAAAGCUCAGUAUUGGGUAGAAACAUUUUAAUCUGAUAUCUUAUGUGUAUAACCUUAAAGAUGCAUGUUUUAUAUUAAUUAAUAAUCCAAUAAUAAUUUCUAGAAACAUCACACCAAAUACUAGAUGCAAAUUUAAAAUAUUGGCAAUUAUGUAUCUUUUGAAAUUGUAAAAUAAUUAUGCAUAAAUUUAAUUGAUUUAAAAAUUGUUUUUGAUACCUUACAUUAUAUUUAAUGACUGUUAAUCAUAUUAAAAUACUCAUAUUUAAGCUACAAUUUAAUUUGACAUUAAAUACAUGAUCUGACAACUGUCACUUUAUUAUCCAAAACAUUUAAAUAAAUGUUAAAUUAUUUGGAAACAUUGGGAAUCUGGAAUAAAACAAACUGUGCUAAUUGCUGCAAAUUUAUAAUUUUGUACAUUAAGUUGUUUUGUUAAUGGAUAGAAAUAUCCUAUUCAAGAGCAGUUAAUCAUGUCUUGGGUAUGCAUUUUUUAAAAUAUUUUAGUCCCUCAAAUAUUAUAUAAUCCUGGCGAAUUACCAUAGGUUAUAAUGAAGUUGAUAAGUUCAAACAUGAGAAAAAUUUUUAACUGUAGAUAAAAAUUUUUUUGCCCCUUCUCUAGAAAUGCUGCAUUUUGUGGAGAAUGACCUAUUAUUGAUCGUUAUGCAAUGCUUAAUAAAAAUAAGAGUUGCAAUGAAAUUUUUAUUAAAAUAAAAAUUUAAUUAAAAAAAUAAUACAGUGCAAUAGAUGCUUUCUUAAAAUUUCAAAGUAAGAAUUUAUGAUGUCCGAACAAGGCUGUGUAUACAUUAAUUGAAGAAACAACAUGAAAUGCACAAUUAUAUAUUGAAUAAAUACUUUAUUAUAUUAUUGCUACAUAAUAUUAUUUGCUGUAUGUGAUGUAUUUGCAGCUAAGUUCUGCAUAACAUGUAGUUAAAUUGCUUGAAAUAUUUUUUCAUUUUAUGAAUAAAAUGUAGAAGACUGAUUUCUGAUGAAAAAUAAUUUGAAUCGUAGUAAUUACUGCUUCUUUUUAGUAGAAAUUGCAAACUAUUAGUAAAUAACUAUGCAUAUGUAUAAAUUCUUGUGCAAUUUACAUAUAGUAUAACUGUUAUAACUCUCAUACUUAAACGUAUGUUAACAAACUGCUUGAAGCUCAUGAAAGCAUGUUACUGCUUGUUUUUUGUCUUUUAUAGUGGAAAGAAGUCGCUUUUCUUAUAAAUGUAGAAAUUAAUGGAUCAUCAUAUAUAUAAAUAUAUAUAUUUUUGAAAUAAUUAGCUAAAUAUUAAAACUUGAGAGAAUAUUUUUGUGAAAAGGAAAAAAAAUUCUGUAUGCAAUUUAAAGGUUUAAGGAAGUAAAUUUUUUUUUUUUAAUUGGGAAAAGGGCAAAUUAUACUUUCAUUCCAUUUAUAAUAGGCUUUCCUUCUCAAAAUAAUUGUAAGACUUCAUGAAAUUCUGAUGAUUUAGUCAUAUAAGAAUUUAAGUUUGGAGAAACUUCUCCAUGAUUCCCCAAGCAAUCUUUUUCUUUCAUAAGGCAGAUAUGUAGGAAAAGUGUUUUAUUAUUAUUUCUGUUUUGUAGUGUGCAAAAAUGAAUGCCACAAAUAAAAAGUAUUGUUAACAAGAUAUCAAUUAAUAAUACAUAAGAAAUAAAGCAUAAUAAGCACAAUGCUAUGUUUAAUAUUAAGUAAGCUUAAUGUAGCAAGAUCUCCAUAAAGGAUUUCCCAACCAAAGAUGACAGCAUACCAAGGUGUAAUAAUGCACAAUUUUUGAAUUUCUUGGUAUGAAGUGAAUUAUAGAAAUGUUUAACCUUUUAUAUAUGUGUUACAUAGAAUCAAAAUUCAUAAAUUUACUUGUUUUUCAGUUUUUUAUAUUAAAUUACAAACACGUAUAAUUUUUCAACACUUCAAAAUGUCAUCUUUAUAACUGGUUUCUUCACUUUGUUGCUAACAUAAUUUAUAAUUUUAACCAAAUAUGAAAAAGGUUGUUUUCAGGUAAUUUUCAAUAAAUGUUGUAUUAACUCUUUAUAAAAGUUCCUGAUUAUUUAAUUAUUCAUUUUCAGCAGAUUUUUUUUUUUUUUUUUUUUUUUUUUAAUUCUUUGAUUUUUUUUUUUGGAACUUGUUAGCAAUUAUCUACUGUGUAAAUUGUUUAAGACAGUAUCAUAAAGAACUUUUAUAAGGAGAUGUUACAUGAAUAAUAAGUUAUUUAAAUUUUCCUAUAUGUGGGAGCAGCAUUUAUUUGUUUUGUAAUUUUUGUUGGUGGUAUCUGCUUGCAGGGAUCUUGAGAUAUAGAGACUUAUGCAUAUUUCUUAUAAUAGGCUACUGGAUUUCUUAACUGUUAUGUUUUUAACAGUAUCACUUAUGUUUGAUAUAAAAAAUAAAAUCACAAAAUUUAGCAUAAAAAAAUGUGGAAAGCAGUCUUUUAAAAUGCUG